CAGAGCGAAAGAAGUACUGCAUGAAUGAACACUCCCCCAGGGAGCGGAUUUUUUAGUUAAGUGAUGAUUAAAACCUUUAGAGGGGCACUGUUCUAAGCUCUGAAUUAUUUGACGAAUUCCUUACUUGUUAAUUCGAAGUUGAACAUGUGUUUAAUAGCAAGCUGUGGGACACAAGCCGUUAAGAGCAGGCCCUCAAUCGUUGCUAGUUGAAUUGGACUCAAUCAUCUUCACCUGCAGUACAAAAGUCUCCAUGACUCAAACAAAGUGGCAAACAAAACUUCCAUUCGAGGUCCAGGUAUGACUCUAAAGCUUCGAACCCAAGCUCGACUCUUUGACCUGCACUGCUCUGUAGGUUUAACGGACUGGGACAUGGACAAAGAGUUCAAACUGGCAACGACCACUGAUCAGUUCUACCAUGAUGAUAAACUUAGCGAUCAAUAUGUUGUUCAGAGACCUUCGGCAAGAGCCUGCAGAAGAAAGGAUGAGUUCAUUUGGAUGAAGCCGCCUCUUGCCAGGCAACACACAGCAGACCCACAGUGGGAAGAGCAAAAGCGAGGAAUGGAAUGUACUUCUUUUCAGGACAAUAAGCCCUUGAAGGCGGGAGGUUGGCCUCGUCCGCCAGUAAAUUAUUGCAUCCUCAUCGCUCUGGCGCUUAAGAGCAGCCACACGGGCUGCCUCAAAGUGCAGCAGAUUUACAACUUUACCAGAGAGCACUUCCCUUUCUUUCAGACAGCUCCUGACGGAUGGAAGAACACAAUUCGACACAACCUCUGCUUCAACAGCAGCUUCUGCAAAACCUGCAAUCAGAUGUCUAAAGAUGGCAAAAGGAAGUCCUGCUUCUGGCACCUGACUCGAGAUGGGCAGCGCCGACUGAAAGAAGAGUUCAGCAUGUUGACCAAGAAGUCUCUCAAGCAGUUGGAGGGGAGCAUGUCCUGCCCAGAUAUAAUCGGACGAUUGCUCGCCAUGUGAUUUUUCAGUUGCCAAAAGGACUUGAAGAAUAAACGGAUGCAUCUCGAACUUUAAUAUAUGCAUUCCUCC